GUGGCUGGUUUGGAUGACGUAGCACAGCCUUAUUAAUACUGUAACUGUUUUGUUGAUGCAGUAGACGGCACGAGAGAGACGUAGGGUCAUCGUUAGACGACCUGUCAGUAAUUAAGGAUCAUCGGCACUUGUGUAAACGGAGGAAGUCAGAGAAUGAAGCGGCUCCGGUCCUGGUUUAAGUGCAUAUUACCAGCUGAGAAAACACCUGCGACAUCUUCAGUCUUUGUGAAUUCCUCGUCUCCAGGAGGUCCAACAAUGACUCACUGUGGUCUGAUAACUACUGAACGGGAACAAGUUCCUCUGAAGAGCAUCGAGGUGGAGCUGCAGGUGAGGGACCAUGUGGCCACAGUGGUCUCUACUCUGAGCUACGACAACAAGGAGGACAAACCAAUAGAGGCUGUGUUCGUCUUCCCUCUGCCUGGAGACGCUGCCGUCUGUCAUUUCAGUGCUACCGUUGGUCAGACACAGAUUGUAGCUGAGGUGAAGGAGAAGCAGCAGGCUCGUGAGGAGUAUGAUGACGCCCUGAGCUCCGGUCAGCAGGCCUUCCUGUUGGAGGAGAGUGACCAGAGUCCAGACAUCUUUUCUCUGAGUGUGGGGAGUCUCCCUCCAGGAGAGAGCGCCUCCAUCAGGCUGGAGUAUGUCACUGAGCUGGCUGUGCAGGCUGAUGACGGCCUGAGGUUUUGUCUGCCUGCUGUGCUCAACCCUCGUUACCAACCUCAGGGAAGUGAGGGUCCCAGUGUUAAGGUGACAUCAGUUCCAGCGUCUCAGGUUCCCUACACUCUGUCUUUCUCUGCUCGACUGUCGUCUCCUCGUCCGAUCUCUAAAGUAGAGUCCAGCUCCUCCCUGGAUCCUCUCCAGUUCCUCAACGCAGAGCAAACCCAGGCCACAGUGAAGUUGGCUGCAGGACACAAGUUUGACAGAGAUGUGGAGCUGCUGGUUUAUUACAAAGAUGCCCACCAGCCCUCUGCUGUGGUAGAAGCAGGACAGGCCUCUGCAGAGCCUGGCUCUCUGAUGGGUGAUCAGGUGGUGAUGGUGAGCCUGUACCCUGAGUUUCCUCAGGCUGUCACUUCUAAAGGAGAGUUUGUAAUUUUACUGGAUCGAUCUGGGAGUAUGCAAAAUGCCCGCAUCAGUAGCGCCAGGGACACGCUGCUGCUCCUGCUGAAGAGUUUACCAAUGGGCUGCUAUUUCAACAUCUACGGCUUUGGCUCCACCUUUGAACACAUGUUCCCUAAGAGUGUGGAGUACAGCCAGCAAACCAUGGACGAGGCUCUGAAGAUGGUCAAAGAGGUGCAGGCUAAUCUUGGAGGAACUGAGAUUCUCUCACCCCUCCAACAUAUCUACAGCCAGCCCUGCAUUACUAAUCAGCCUCGACAACUUUUUGUUUUUACCGAUGGAGAAGUGGGAAACACCAAGAAAGUUAUUGAUCUGGUGAAGAAGAAUUCAGGUUCCCACAGGUGUUUCUCCUUUGGGAUCGGGGAAGGGGCCAGCUCUGCUCUCAUCAACGGACUGGCCAAGGAAGGAGGAGGUCACGCUCAGUUCAUCACUGGGACCGACAAGAUGGAACCCAAAGUGAUGCAGUCGCUGCGAUUUGCUCUGCAGACAGUUGUGGAAAACAUCUCAGUCACAUGGGAUCUUCCCAAAGAAGCAUCCGUCACUGUCCUCUCUCCACCAAUCACAGCAAUAUUUCAGGGUCAAAGGUCACUGAUUUAUGCUCAGAUCACUGGACAGACUUCAGAAGUUGCAGAGGGCUCUGUGAAGGUGAAGUACAGUCUGGCUGAUCAGGACUUUGAGAACCAGCUCCACUUCAGUCUCAAACCAGCAGAGGACACUGGAUUAACAGUCCACAGGUUGGCUGCUCGGACUCUGAUUCGCUCCCUGGAGUUGGAGGACAGAGAGAGCAGAGGACGAGAUGGAGCGAUAAGGAAGAAGAUGGUGGAGCUCAGUGUCCAAUCAGGAGUGAGCAGCUCCGUCACCGCCUUUGUUGCCAUGAACAAAAGUGAUGGCAAAAACAUUCAAGGACCUCUGGUGCGCAGAGAUAUUCCAGUACCUGGAAGGUUCUGUGAACCGCCUUCAAGGAGGGACCCAUUUCACCAAGCUUUGCCUUCAAGGGAAUGGGAGCGCUCAUAUGAAGUUUUGCGUCCAAGGGAAAGGGAGCGCACAUAUGAAGCCUUACAUCAUAUGCCUGAGAUGGACAGGAGGAACCUAUUUGAAGCAGCUUUGCCUUCAAGGGAAAGGGAGCGCACAUAUGAAGUGUACAGUUGUUUGGACAGGGGCAUAGCCGAAGAGAAAGCAGCUUUGCCUUCAAGAGAAAGGAGGCGCUCAAAUGAAGUAAUGUGCUGUUUAAGGAGGGACCCAUCUCCCCAAGCUUUGCCUUCAAGGGAAAGAGAGCACUCAGAUGACGGGUACAUUCGUUUGGACACGAGCAUAGCCAAGGAGAAAGCAGAUUACUGGUCGCCUCAGAACUCACCCACAGGCCCUUUGCUGCAGCUGGUCUCCCUCCAGAAGGCGUCUGGCUGCUGGCUGCUGGAUUCAGCUCUGGCUGCUGCGCUGGGAAAAACCAGCGAGGAGGUGGAGAAGGCAAAGCCUGCACAGGUCAACCAGGACGUGUGGGCCACCGUUCUGGCUCUGAUCUGGCUUCAUGGUUUCAAGGCGGACGCUAAGGAAGAGUGGGAGCUGCUGGCUAUGAAGGCUGUGUCAUGGCUCCGUGCUCAGAACGCACCGUGUAUGAAGGAGUGUGUGGAAGCUGGAAAUACAGUGUUGGGCUGCAAGGUGGCGACAAAUGCUCUUGGCUUCUGAGGGUUUCUAUAAAAAGGCUUCUCUUCAAGAAGAAGCACAUUUCCUCCGUUUUACAACAUCUACUUUAACUUCACUCUGGAACUCAUCUUAAUUAUUUCAUUCAAGAGGUUGACUUUACAAUGUCCUAAAGCAGCACAAAAUACAUUUGAAGUUCCUGGUACAGUAUAAAAAUAAUAACUUGCCUAUUUCACUGUAUUGUACUUUAUCUCACUCUUUCUAUUGUGUGACCUGUGUGCACAAAAUUAAAAUGUUGCUAUAUAAUAAAGCUUGACACUGA